GGAAGACGAUUGGCACUGCUAAAGCGUAUGAGGGACUCUACUACUUUGAGGAGGCAAGCUUGAGUGAACAAUAGGUUACAUGGCUCCUGAAUAUGCAAUGAGGGGUUACUUGACAGAUAAAGCCGACGUUUACAGUUUUGGAGUUGUUGCACUAGAAAUUGUCAGUGGUAAAAGUAAUACAAAUUACAGACCAAAGGAGGACUUCGUAUAUCUUCUUGAUUGGGCCUAUGUCCUACAAGAACAGGGUAACCUUCUGGAGCUUGUUGACCCAAGUCUCGGCUCAAACUAUGCCAGAGAAGAGGCAAUGAGUAUGCUGAACUUGGCUCUUUUAUGCACCAACCCAUCUCCUACUCUCAGACCAGCCAUGUCUUCUGUAGUGAGGAUGCUGGAGGGACAAAUUCCAGUGCAAACACCGAUAAUCAGUGGCAUGAACCAGGACAUGAGGUUCAAAGCCUUUGGAAAGCCAGGACAGGACAAUCUAACAGAUUUCUCAACAUUCUCCCAUGACCGACAAAUGCGGUGAGGCAUGUCGGUGGAUGGCCCAUGGGUUGAUUCCUCCAUCUCUGCACCAAGUAAUGAGGAUAAUUAUUCUGCAUCGAGCUCGCUUCUUCCAGAUCUUUACAACAUUAAGUUAAAUUGAUGAAAAUCAAAGGGUAUAUACUUUGCACUUUCACUGAUAUUAAUAGAUAAGGUACAGGGAAGUUGAUAUCUACUUUUCCUGUUAAAUGUUGUCGAUGUAUGAUGCCAACACAGUUUUGAACCUGAAAUUUCCAGAUAAGGGUCAAAAUUCCUACUGGACUGUCAUCCAAAAUUCCAUAGAACAUUAAAAUCUACAAGCAUUGCAAUUUAUGCCA